AUGUCCAGACGCAGCGGCCGCAUCACCCUUCAAGCCAGAGAUUCAAACACCCCCGAACCGUCCAUCAGAGCACCGUUGAGGAAAAGAAAGUGCGAGCCCUCCAAGAAGAAGAGUCAACCCGCUGCUAAGAAACAAAGCUGCUAUGAAAUUCAGAAGUGUUGGUCGGAAGACGGCGCCAGCCCUUGCGUCCUCAUCGAGACGCCGCACAAAGAACUGGAACCGGCCGACCCGUCCGGCUUCAAGCAGUACCGCUUUAAGAACAUCUUCAUCAAGGCUUCGCCCCUCCCUCGUCUCAGUUGGGCCAGCUCGGACGACGUGUGGAUCAAAAUGCUCAACAAAGAGCUCAAGUACGUCCACGACCGCACUUACAUGGAGAGACACAGCAAACUGCAGCCCAGCAUGAGGGCCAUCCUCCUCGACUGGUUGCUCGAGGUGAGCGAGGUGUACUGCCUCCAUCGGCAGACGGCCUACUUGGCGCAGGACUUCUUCGACCGCUUCAUGAUGACGCAGGAGGACGUCAACAAAGACUAUUUGCAGCUCAUCGGCAUCACGGCACUUUUCAUUGCCUCCAAGAUAGAGGAAAUCUACCCCCCGAAAAUCAACGAGUUCGCCUACGUGACAGACGGCGCGUGCGACACGUGGGACAUCCGGCGCACGGAGCUUCACAUCCUCAAGGCAUUGGACUGGAAUUUAUGUCCCGAGACACCUAUCUCAUGGUUGAAACUCUACGCGCAAGUGGAAGCUCAGAAAGACAGCGAAAACUUUCUGGUGCCGCAGUUCUCGCAAGAAAUGUACGUCCAGAUCACGCAGCUGUUGGACUUGUGCAUGAUGGACAUUCACUCGUUGGACUUUAGCUACAGUGUCCUCGCCGCUGCCGCUUUUUGCCACUAUUCCAAUUUUGAUAUCGUCAACAAAGUGUCCGGUCUGACGUGGGAGAGCGUGUCGGCGUGCGUGCGGUGGAUGAGCGCUUUCGUGGACACGCUCCGCUGUGAAGCCAAAGCGGAGCUCAAGAGCUUUGCCAAAGUCAAAACCGAGGACAGGCAUAACAUACAGACACAUGUCAGCUAUUUGGACUUUCUGCGAAAAGCCCAAGAGCGUCAAACUCAGGAUUCCGCCGACUGUCCGCUGUCUCCCGUGGUUGCCGUGGCGACGGUCCUGACUCCGCCCAACAGCACGGAAAAACCGGCCAAUCACUGA